AUGACUGGGAAGAACAGGGGAUCUUUGUGCAUGGAGCAACUCUCUUUCUGUCUGCUGCUGAGUAUCUGCUGUGGCUGGUGGUAUCAGCCAGCCUGCUCAGCCAAACCCAAAGGUCAAGGACACCCUCACAUGAACUCAAUCCGCCUUGAUGGGGAUAUCACCCUAGGAGGCCUCUUCCCUGUCCAUGGGAGAGGAUCUGAGGGCAAGGCCUGUGGAGAGCUGAAGAAAGAGAAGGGGAUUCAUCGACUAGAGGCCAUGCUUUUUGCUCUGGACAGAAUCAAUAAUGAUCCAGACUUGCUCCCAAAUAUCACUUUGGGGGCCCGCAUCCUGGACACCUGCUCUCGAGAUACUCAUGCCUUGGAGCAGUCACUCACCUUUGUCCAGGCCCUUAUUGAGAAGGACAGUACUGAGGUGCGCUGCAUCAAUGGUGGGCCACCUAUCAUCACCAAGCCAGAACGUGUGGUUGGCGUGAUUGGAGCCUCUGGCAGCUCAGUCUCCAUUAUGGUGGCCAAUAUCUUGCGCCUCUUCAAGAUUCCCCAGAUAAGCUAUGCCUCCACUGCCCCUGACCUGAGUGAUAAUAGCAGAUAUGACUUCUUUUCCCGUGUCGUCCCCUCAGACACCUACCAGGCCCAAGCUAUGGUGGAUAUUGUCAAAGCAUUCAAAUGGAAUUAUGUUUCAACCUUAGCCUCUGAAGGCAGUUAUGGUGAGAGUGGAGUGGAGGCUUUCAUUCAGAAAUCCAGAGAGGAUGGGAGCAUGUGUGUGGCACAAUCUGUCAAGAUCCCACGGGAGCCCAAAGCAGGAGAGUUUGAUAAGAUCAUUCGGCGCCUCCUGGAGACAUCCCAUGCUCGAGCUGUCAUCAUCUUCGCCAAUGAAGAUGAUAUCAAGAACGUGCUGAUGGCUGCCAAGAGGGCCAAUCAGACUGGGCACUUCAUCUGGAUGGGUUCAGACAGCUGGGGAUCCAAAAUUGCCCCAGUGAGAGAUCUGGAAGAGGUGGCUGAGGGAUCUGUUACCAUCUUGCCCAAGAGGGCAUCCGUUAAAGGUUUUGAUCGCUAUUUCUCCAGUAGGACACUGGAUAAUAAUCGUCGGAAUAUUUGGUUUGCUGAAUUCUGGGAGGAUAACUUCCACUGCAAGCUGAGCCGCCAUGCUUUGAAGAAAGGAAGCUCUAUCAAGAAGUGUACAAAUCGUGAACGGAUUGGCCAGGACUCUGCCUAUGAGCAGGAGGGGAAGGUGCAGUUUGUCAUCGAUGCUGUCUAUGCAAUGGGCCACGCACUACACAACAUGCACAAGAACUUGUGCCCUGGGAAGAUUGGCCUCUGCCCCAAGAUGGAUCCAGUAGAUGGUGCAGAGCUGCUCAAGUACAUCCGUAGUGUCAAUUUCUCAGGAAUUGCUGGGACCCCUGUGACGUUCAAUGAGAAUGGAGACGCUCCAGGCCGCUAUGACAUCUAUCAGUACCAGAUCAAGAAUGCCACUCCUGAGUACAAAGUUAUUGGGCAUUGGGCUGAUCACUUGAAUUUAAAAAUGGAGCGCCUGCAUUGGCCUGGAGGAGGCAACCAGGUGCCCACCUCAAUCUGCAGCCAGCCAUGCAAGCCAGGUGAAAGGAAGAAGUUGGUGAAAGGUAUCCCAUGCUGUUGGCAUUGUGAGCGCUGUGAUGGAUACCAGUAUCAGCACGAUGAGUUUCACUGCAAGGUGUGCCGCUUCAACGAGCGCCCCAACGAGAACCACACUGGCUGCAUCCCCAUCCCCAUCGUCAAGCUGGAGUGGAGCUCCCCUUGGGCUGUGGUGCCAGUUUUCAUUGCCAUUGUGGGCAUCAUUGCCACUCUCUUUGUGGUGGUGACAUUUGUGCGCUACAAUGACACGCCCAUUGUCAAGGCCUCAGGGCGAGAGCUCAGCUACGUGCUGCUGACGGGCAUCUUCCUCUGCUAUGCCACCACCUUCCUCAUGAUUGCAGGCCCUGACUUGGGCACCUGCUCCCUGCGGCGUGUCUUCUUGGGGCUGGGCAUGAGCAUCAGCUAUGCUGCCUUGCUGACUAAAACCAACCGCAUCUACCGCAUCUUUGAGCAGGGCAAGAAGUCAGUCAGUGCCCCACGCUUUAUCAGUCCUGCUUCCCAGCUGGUCAUCACCUUCAGUCUCAUCUCUCUGCAGCUCAUGGGGGUCUGCAUCUGGUUCAUUGUGGAUCCCUCACACUCUGUCAUCGACUAUGAGGACCAGCGGACUACAGACCCCCGUUUUGCCCGGGGAGUCCUCAAGUGUGACAUUUCUGACCUCUCCCUCAUCUGUUUGCUUGGGUACAGCAUGCUGCUCAUGGUGACCUGCACUGUGUAUGCUAUAAAGACCCGAGGGGUUCCUGAGACCUUUAAUGAAGCCAAGCCCAUUGGGUUCACCAUGUACACUACCUGCAUCGUCUGGUUAGCCUUCAUUCCCAUCUUCUUUGGGACAUCACAGUCAGCAGAGAAGAUGUACAUUCAGACCACGACGUUGACUAUCUCGGUGAGCCUAAGCGCCUCUGUCUCCUUGGGCAUGCUCUACAUGCCUAAAGUCUACAUCAUCCUCUUCCAUCCAGAGCAAAAUGUGCCCAAAAGAAAGCGUAGCCUCAAGGCAGUUGUGACAGCAGCCACCAUGUCCAACAAAUUCACUCAGAAAGGAGGCUUCCGCCCCAAUGGAGAGGCCAAAUCGGAACUGUGUGAAAGUCUCGAAACGCAAGCUCAAGGGGAAGGUGGGGGUGGGGGCGGCUUGAUUCCUCUCAAGGAAACAGCAUGA